AUCGGAGGAUCUGCGGCGGCGGCUCGCGAGCUCGGAUGUGUGUCCUGGAGGAGUGACACGUGCUGGGAGAAAACAUAUAAAACUUUAAAAAAAACAACAACAACGGGCACAUCCUUCAUAGUGACUUAAUGGUUUUUUAUUGUACAUAAUUUAUAAGGUGGAUUUCCUUUUUUCUUUCUUUCUCAAUUUUUACUGGGGAGAAUUAAAUCGACAACUGGGCAGCCAUGGGGAGAGGAGAAGGACGUGAACAGUAUGAGCUGGCUGCGACCUCGGAGCAGGGCGGCAAGAAGAAAGGGAAGGGGAAGAAGAAAGAGAAGGACAUGGACGAGCUGAAGAAGGAAGUGGAUAUGGAUGAUCACAAGCUGACCCUGGAUGAGCUCAAUCGCAAAUAUGGAACAGACCUCAACAACGGUUUGACAAGUGCAAAGGCUGCUGAGAUUCUGGCCCGUGAUGGCCCCAACGCCCUCACUCCUCCUCCCACCACCCCAGAGUGGGUCAAAUUCUGCAAACAGAUGUUUGGCGGGUUCUCCAUGCUCCUGUGGACUGGUGCCAUCCUCUGUUUCCUGGCCUAUGGUAUCCAGGCUGCAAUGGAGGAUGAGCCUGCCAAUGAUAAUUUGUACCUGGGUGUUGUGCUUUCUGCUGUCGUCAUCAUCACUGGUUGUUUCUCCUACUACCAAGAGGCCAAGAGCUCCAAGAUCAUGGACUCCUUUAAGAACCUGGUCCCACAGCAAGCCCUGGUCGUCCGUGAUGGUGAAAAGAAGAGCCUCAACGCCGAGGAGGUGGUCGUUGGCGAUUUAGUGGAGGUGAAAGGUGGCGACAGGAUCCCUGCCGAUCUCCGAAUCAUCUCCGCCCACGGCUGCAAGGUGGAUAACUCCUCUCUGACUGGUGAAUCAGAGCCCCAGACUCGUACUCCUGACUUCUCCAAUGAGAACCCGUUGGAGACCAGGAACAUUGCUUUCUUCUCCACCAACUGUGUUGAAGGAACUGCUCGUGGUAUCGUGAUCAGCACCGGAGAUCGUACCGUCAUGGGCCGCAUCGCCACUCUAGCCUCUGGACUCGAAGUCGGACGCACUCCCAUCUCCAUCGAGAUCGAGCACUUCAUCCACAUCAUCACCGGCGUGGCUGUUUUCCUCGGCGUGUCAUUCUUCGUCCUGUCCCUCAUCCUUGGAUACAGCUGGCUGGAGGCCGUCAUCUUCCUCAUCGGUAUCAUCGUCGCCAACGUGCCAGAAGGUCUCCUGGCUACUGUCACUGUGUGUCUGACCCUGACUGCGAAGCGUAUGGCCAAGAAGAACUGCCUGGUGAAGAACCUGGAAGCCGUCGAGACCCUGGGCUCCACCUCCACCAUCUGCUCCGACAAAACCGGCACCCUGACUCAGAACAGGAUGACCGUGGCCCACAUGUGGUUCGACAACCAGAUCCACGAGGCCGACACCACAGAGAACCAGAGCGGCGCCUCCUUCGACAGGAGCUCAGCCACCUGGGCUGCCCUGGCCAGAGUCGCUGGACUCUGCAACCGUGCCGUCUUCUUGGCCGAGCAGGCCAUCAUUCCCAUCCUGAAGAGAGAUGUUGCCGGUGACGCCUCUGAGUCAGCUCUGCUCAAAUGUAUCGAGCUGUGCUGCGGAUCAGUUUCGGAAAUGAGAGAUAAAAACCCCAAGAUUUCAGAGAUCCCGUUCAACUCCACCAACAAAUACCAGCUUUCCAUUCAUAAGAUCUCAGCAUCUGAGGGAGAGUCCAAGCACCUGCUGGUGAUGAAAGGAGCCCCAGAGAGGAUCCUGGACCGCUGCUCCACCAUCAUGAUGCAGGGCAAAGAGCAGCCACUGGAUGACGAGAUGAAAGACGCUUUCCAGAACGCUUACCUGGAACUGGGAGGCCUGGGAGAGAGAGUGCUGGGUUUUUGCCAUUUCAACCUCCCCGAUGACCAGUUCCCAGAGGGCUUUGCUUUUGACACUGAGGAAGUGAACUUCCCCACUGAGAAGCUGUGCUUCAUCGGCCUCAUGUCCAUGAUCGAUCCUCCUCGUGCUGCUGUGCCUGACGCUGUCGGCAAAUGCAGGAGCGCUGGAAUCAAGGUAAUCAUGGUGACAGGUGAUCAUCCAAUCACAGCUAAGGCCAUUGCUAAGGGUGUGGGAAUCAUCUCUGAAGGCAACGAAACCGUUGAGGACAUUGCUGCUCGUCUGAACAUCCCAAUCAAUGAAGUCAACCCGAGAGACGCCAAGGCCUGUGUUGUCCACGGCGGAGACCUGAAGGAUCUGGCCCCAGAGCAGCUGGACGACAUCCUGAAGUAUCAUACGGAGAUCGUCUUCGCCAGGACGUCCCCGCAGCAGAAACUGAUCAUCGUGGAGGGCUGCCAGAGACAGGGCGCCAUCGUGGCCGUGACAGGUGAUGGUGUGAACGACUCUCCUGCUCUUAAAAAGGCUGACAUCGGUGUUGCCAUGGGGAUCUCUGGAUCUGACGUCUCCAAGCAGGCCGCUGACAUGAUCCUGCUGGACGACAACUUUGCCUCCAUCGUUACCGGAGUGGAAGAAGGUCGUCUGAUCUUUGACAACUUGAAGAAGUCCAUCGCAUACACUCUGACCAGUAACAUCCCCGAGAUCACGCCCUUCCUCUUCUUCAUCAUCGCCAACAUCCCUCUGCCCCUGGGAACCGUCACCAUCCUCUGUAUCGACCUGGGAACCGACAUGGUCCCUGCUAUCUCCCUGGCUUACGAAGCAGCUGAGAGCGACAUCAUGAAGAGGCAGCCCAGAAACCCCAAAACAGACAAACUGGUGAACGAGAGGCUCAUCAGCAUCGCUUACGGACAGAUCGGUAUGAUCCAGGCGCUGGCGGGCUUCUUCACCUACUUUGUGAUUCUGGCUGAAAACGGCUUCCUGCCCUCCACCCUGGUGGGCAUCCGAGUGUCCUGGGAUAAUAAAUACAUCAACGACCUGGAAGACAGCUAUGGCCAGCAGUGGACUUACGAGCAAAGGAAGAUCGUGGAGUUCACCUGCCACACGGCGUUCUUCGUCAGCAUCGUCAUCGUGCAGUGGGCCGAUCUGAUCAUCUGUAAGACCAGGAGGAACUCUGUCUUCCAGCAGGGCAUGAGGAACAAGAUCCUGAUCUUCGGGCUGUUUGAGGAGACAGCCCUGGCUGCCUUCCUCUCUUAUUGCCCUGGCAUGGACGUUGCCCUCAGAAUGUACCCUCUCAAGCCCAACUGGUGGUUCUGCGCCUUGCCCUACUCCCUGCUUAUCUUUAUCUAUGAUGAAAUCCGUAAGCUGAUCCUCAGACGCAGCCCAGGAGGUUGGGUGGAACGGGAGACCUACUAUUAAAGACCCAUCAGUCCAGUCAGCUCGCAUCUUCUCCUCCACUCCCGUCUUUGCAUGAAUAUUGUCUUGCUGCUCGGAAUAAAAUUUAACCUCUGUGAAAAAAAAAUUGGAACGUGUUUUUAUAUUAGGGAAUGCUUGAUACUACUAUUAGACAAAUACUGAGAUGGAACGUGCGAUGAUACUGAUGAUGAUGAUGUUGAUAAAUGAUAAUGCUAAUAAUGACAUGAACACUGAACAUUGACAUGACUAUGCGUGCCUUGUUUCUGAAACAGGACCAAUUUUAUACAUGUUUUUAACAGUUAUAAACGUUCAAUAAAAAUGCGCUCGAGUCAGGUCCCA